AAACUGGGGUUGCAUAAGUGGAAACACGAAAGUAUGUGGGCCACCUCCUAGGGUCGGGGAAAGAGGGGUCAAACAGCGGGUGUAUAGCGCGUGCUCCAAGCUUCUUUUCCCAAACAGCCAAUAAGAUUCGUUUGCGCAAGAGCAAUUGUGUUUCAAUUGUUUCUCACUGUUGUUUUUUCGUGAAUAAGGGUCAGAAAAGGAGUUCCAGGGGAUAGACGAAUAACGUUCUCAUGGGGUGAAGUGACGAGCAGGACUUAAAUUAAAUUAACAAAGUUAUGUUGUUCCUCGAAAGAAGUACUGCUGCAAGUAUCCAGGCUGCAACAACUGGUACUAUACAUCAACACUCCAGAGGGCUUUGUGAACAAGCACUUUUUUGUGUUUCCAAAAGACCCUACGCAGCAUCAACAAUGGAGGAACAUUUGCAAGAUAAGUUCCAAAAAUUCAGAUUUUUUUAGAAUUUGUGAGGAUCAUUUUGACGAAUCUGCUUUUGUGAAUGAGAGGAAAGAUCGUCUAAAUUUCAGAGCAGUACACUCGUUCCCACUGAACCAUCUGACAUUCAUUUACUUGAGGAUCUGCCACAUCCAGAUCAACAAAGCAAAAUAUUUGAAGAUCCUUCUUCAUCUGCUUUGUCUGAGGAAAAUGUAAAUGUUGUUGGUUCUUUGUCUGUUGAAUCACCUUCAACGUCAUCUUUUGUAAAUUUGGCAUAUAAUGAAUUAUGCAGUUCCUCUCAUUCGCAAAGUAGUGAAGUAAUAAACAAUUCAGAUUCCACCAUUUCGAACAGCAGCUGUUUAGAGAAUCAUAAUGAAACCUCAUUUAAUGUAAACAAAUUCGCGUUUCUGGAUAAUCAAGGUAGAGACGGUAUUCUAACUAAAAUUGGCUGUUCUUCCAAAGAUUUGACACCGCGAAAAGAGCUGAUGUACAAAGCUCACCGAAACAUUCAGUCGAGGUUGUGUAGAUUGAGCAAAACAUUAGAAAAGGAAAAGGGUAAGGUGAAGACUUUGCAAAAAUUGUACGAUGCCGGAAAAUUCGAGUUCAUCACCGAAAAUUUGAAUGAAGUCACUAAGGCUUUCAUUAAUUCACAAUUGCGAAAUGUUUCCUGUCAACCGACCGCGCGCAGAUGGACAGACGAGGAUAAAGCUUUUGCUUUAUCUUUGUACAAGAGAAGUCCGAGAUUGUAUAAGUAUUUGCAAGUCCAUUUUCAAUUACCCUCUUCCCGCACACUGAAAGCCAUUUUAGCUAAGAUUCAGUUCGAUACUGGUAUUAAUCCAGGUAUUUUGGAACACCUGAAAAAUCACGUCUCAAAAAUGAAACAUGCAGAUCGUUAUUGUUUGAUGAGAUGUCGGUUUGUCAAGGAUUUCAUUAUGAACGAGCUAAACAGUGGUUACGAGGACAUGGGCUCCUUGGGUCGCACUAACAAAGCAGUCAACCAUGCUCUUGUUUUUAUGAUCCGAAGGUUGAGACUCCAGUGGAAACAAGUAAUUGCUUAUUACUUUACGGCAAAUACAGUUAGCGCGAACAAUCUAAAGUUUCUUAUUGAAGAAAUAAUUUCACAACUUCAGAACAUCGGUUUAACGGUAGUCGCUACUGUUUGUGAUCAGGGCACUACAAAUGUUUCCGCGUUGAAUCAGCUUUAUGCCAAACAACAUCCCAGGCAAGGUUCAUAUUAUUUCUUCAUUAAUAAUCAGCCGAUUGUUACAAUUUUCGACGUGUCGCAUCUUUUAAAAAACACGCGAAAUGCAUUAUUGAAAUGCAAAAUUCAACAAAAAACUUUUAAAUCGUUGCCCAAAUUAAAGAAGGAGUAUUUUAAUUUCAAAGACUCUUACAUGAAAAUGAAGGUGAAGGUAGCCGCUGCACAGCUUAGCAGCUCUGUGGCUGCUGCUAUCGAAACCUUCGUCUCUUUUGCACAUAUUCUGCCGUCUGAAGCCAUUCAUACGGCUGAAUUUGUGCAGAAGGUCGACAACAUGUUAGAAGAGCGCAAAAAAAUCAUCAAACUCACGUACGAAAUGGAUCCGAGUUUUGGAAAAUCGCCAGAAAUCGUCAGUUUGAUCCGAAAAACCGAGAUUAAAAUCACAGCUGCAAAUUUUUUUGUUUUGGACAAAUCAACAAUUUUGGACGUUUUGGAAACUAUAGUGGCUUUCGUCAUCGUUCUGGCACAAUUCAGGACUUGAAAAAAUAAUACUCUCGACUGUAUAAUUUUUUUUUAAUAAAUAAUUAUUUUUUCCCACUCGUUUGAACAAACCCAUAAAACAACCCAUUUUCGUUCUUCAAAAGUUGGGCAGGUGGGCCAAACUCGGCCACCGUCCCAGCAUCCAUCACCAGGAUCUUGUCCGAGUCCAUGAUGGUGUUCAACCGAUGGGCGAUGGUCAGAACCGUACAAUUCCGAAACUUCCUCCUUACAACUUUCUGGAUAACUUCGUCGGUUUUCAAGUCAACAUUUGCGGUCGCUUCGUCCAAAACUAUGAUUUUUGAGUUGCGCAAAAUGGCCCGGACUAGGCACAAAAGUUGCCUCUGGCCCACACUAACAUUAGCCCCGCCCUCCAAAAUCGUAGUUUCAAGACCUUGCGCCCAAUUCGUCACCAUUUCCUUAAGUUCAACCUCUUCAAGUGACGACCACAACUGACUGUCGCUGAAUUGCUCAAACGGGUCCAGAUUUUGGCGCAAAGAGCCCAAAAAAAGCACCGGAUCUUGUGGAAUUAUCGCGAUUUUUGAGCGCAAAAUCGACAAUGGGAGCGUUUUAGUGUCAGCACCGUCGAUCAAAACAGUACCAUCGAAGUGAAACAGGCGGAAAAGUACCGAAAUUAAACUACUUUUGCCAGCGCCUGUCCGGCCAACAAUUCCGAUUUUCUCGCCUGGGUUGAUGUUGAAUGUGACGCUUUUGAGUACCGUUGUGUUGCUUAGAGGGUACUUCAUGGUCACGUCGUCGAAGAGGAUGCGACCAUUGUUGGGCCACAAGUCCGAUGGUACCGUGGUACCAUCGUCUUUUUCGGGCUCCAGUUCCGCGUAUUCGACCACACGUUCAACUGAAGUCAUCUGGGAGUCGAGUUCGCUCCAGGUUUUGGUACCGUAUUGGAUUAAGCCCACCAGGGAGGUGGACUGGGUUAUGGCCAAGCCAAUGUAGCCAACCCACAUUUCUGCAAAAAAUUUACAGAAAUUAUUGUGAAAUAAUCGACAGUUUUUCAAUUUUUUUGAAACUAAAAUUUACAAUUUUUUUAUUUCUUUACUUUUUUUUGUUUCAGUUUUGUAGUUGAAUGUCUUUUAGUUUUUUAAUUUCUUGGUUUCUCAAUAUUUUCAGUUAUCUAAUUUUUUAGUUUCUCAUUGUUCCAGGUUCUUUGUUUCCAGUUCUCUACAUUGUUCAUUUUUUUUAGCUUUUAAUUCUUUCAUUGUCUUAACUACUUUGAAUGUCGGUUUCUCGUCAGAUCAGACGAGUUAAAUACCUUUAUAUCAUUUUCCGAAAAAGUGCGUACUUUCUUUAGAAAUUUUUAUUAACCCAUCUAUUGAGAACCACUGUGUGGCUUAUGGAAGUUUAUUAUCAGUUAUUUUUUUUAUUAAGCAAACUGAAGAUGGUGGAUCAGGGGCGUUUUAAGAAUUUUUCAGGGUCCCCACGAUGCAACCGCAGCCUGUGCCCCCCACGGCUGCAUCACACUGGCCAGCGCUGAGCCAGCGCUACCCCCAGCAACAACAGGAGCCCCCCAAACCCCAAGGAACGAUGACAACGGCCGAGACCCUCGCGCAGCUCUCACAGGCGUGCAAAAGGUUAGAUCAGUUAGUUGACUUAUCUAAAAUGCUCAAGGCGGUAGUUGAUCUCACCACCCUGCUGGAAGGGUGCACAGAUCCUACCUCCAAAUUUAUGACAGUUUUCGAAUUCACCCAAAAUCUCCACACUUAUGGAUUUUAAAGCCAUUUGUGUAAUUUGGAAUGCUAAUAGUGUCAAACAAAAAAUUGACGAAUUAAUUGCUUUUUUACAUUCUAACAACGUAGACAUUUUAGCUAUCAGCGAAACUAAAUUAACACCUAAUGAUAGAUUUUAUAUUCAAAAUUACAACAUAAUAAGGCAGGACCGAGUAGACGGUACUAAUGCGGCGGGGGGUGUCGCGAUUUUAGUCAAAAAAGGUAUUUCAUUUUCAAAAUUAACGUUACCACGAACCACAAUAGAAGCCGUCGGAAUUAAAUUAGCUAAUCAAAUUCAUUUUAUUGCAAUUUAUAACCGCCCGUGUUAUAACAUUUCACAACGCGAUUUAGAAAACCUAAAUAAUAUCGGUAAUAAAGUAAUUAUAGCUGGGGAUUUCAAUGCGACUCACAAUACCUGGGGAUGCCAUCGAAAUAAUACAAGCGGAAAUACCAUAUAUAAUCUUAGCAUUAGUAACAAUAUCAUCAUAAACCACCCGCGGUCACCUACUCACUUUCCGUCGAACAAUUCUACCCCGACAGUAAUAGACUUAAUCCUUACAAAGAAUUUCUUAUUGGAAAACGACCCUCAGUCUCUUUCACAACUAAAUUCCGACCAUAAUCCGGUAAUUUUCGAAAUUUCUAAUCUCCCUAAAGAUAAAGAUAACCGACAAAUAACUUCCUUUAAAAAUACCAACUGGCAUAACUUCCGUAAAGAUUUAGAUAAUGAAAUCCAAAUUAAUCAUAAUAUUUUAACCACCGAACAAUUAGAACACGAAAUAAAUAAGUUUACAAAAUCAAUUCAAAAAAUUAGGAAAAAACAUUCAACCACGCGAAUAGUCACUUCAUUAAGAAAAGACAAAAUACCGGAUAACAUUGUUAAUUUAAUUAAAACUCGUAAUCGCGUCAAGAAACGAAUGCAAGUCACCGGUGACAUUAAAGAAUCUAAUACGCGAACAUAAAAAUAACGUUUGGCAAACAAAAUUAGCUUCACUUAACCCUAACGAUAAUUCACUUUGGAAAAUGAUAAAAUUAUUGAAACGUAAAUCUUAUGAUAUACCGACACUUAUCGCGAACGGCACCCCAGCAGAAACGACGGAGCAAAAGGCGGAGGCACUGGCGGCACACAAUGAUAUUAAAAGGCAAGUUGAAGAACAAUAUCUAUCACGAAUUGUAACAAACCCAACCGAAAUUGCAGAAAUAAUUAAAAAAUUCCCCAAUAACAAAGCCCCGGGGCUAGACGAAAUAGAAAAUAAAGUAAUUAAAAAUUUCUCACGUAAAGCUUUAGUACAAUUGACAAAUUUAGUUAAUGCAAUGUUCAAAUUAAAUCAUUAUCCCCAAUCAUUUAAAACCGCAAAAGUAGUACCCAUUUUCAAACCAGGUAAAAACGCGCAAUUACCGAGCAGCUACAGACCGAUUAGUUUACUUUCUUGUAUCUCCAAAAUUUUCGAAAAGGUAAUUCAUUUUAGACUCAGCAAAAUUCUUCAGAAAAAUAAAACAAUUAAUAAUUGCCAGUUUGGAUUUAGACCGAAACACAAUACCACACAACAACUUGCCAGAAUCGUUAAUGAUAUUCAGAUUAAUUACAAUAAAGAUAAAGUUACCACAAUGGCUUUACUUGAUAUUGAAAAAGCAUUUGACCGCGUUUGGAUCGACGGUUUAAUAUACAAAAUGAUCCAUUACAAAAUUCCGAAAAGUUUAAUCUUAUUAAUCCAUUCAUAUUUAACAAAUCGGGAACUCCUAGUACAAUUAAAAAAUACCCAAUCGACGAGGAAAUUAAUUGGAGCGGGGGUCCCGCAAGGUUCAGUACUAGGUCCAACUCUUUUUAAUAUUUUUAUAAAUGACAUACCAAUAUUCGCGAAAACAAAUACGGCACUUUACGCAGACGACACGGCAAUAUACGCGAGCUCCUUUUCGGCCCAGAUAGCGAGCAAGCAAAUUCAAAUUCAUAUUAAUUUAUUGGAGAAAUUUUAUGACAAGUGGAAAAUCAAAAUCAACGCGGAAAAAACACAACAAAUAAUAUUUACACGAAAAUUUACCGACCAUAAAAUUUGGGAUAAAUUACGGGUAUACGAUAACAAAAUUAAAUAUCUCGGGACGUACAUUGACACACGUUUAAAUUUUUUCAAAAACACUAAAUACUUAAUUAGUAAAGCCUCCGCCGCCCUUAAAAACAUGUACUCGCUUAUGAACAGAAACAGUAAACUCACGCCACAAAAUAAAGUGUUAAUGUACAAAACCAUAUUUCGACCAAUUUUGACAUACGCCGCCCCCGUAUGGUGUCACCUCUCGGACACUGCCUUCAAACCGCUGGAAGUUUUUCAAAAUAAAUGUUUAAGAUUAGCUUUGAAUGAAAGUCGCUAUGCUAGAAUUGUCGAUCUGCAGCCUACGCGCAUUUGUUAAUAAACUUAGUAACAAUUUUUAUAGUCAUCAAUUAAAUUUCAAUAAAUUAACUCGUAGAAUCACAAAAUUUAGAAGUUACAACACGCCCUUCAAGGCGUUAAAAUGUCACAAAAUAAAUAUUUUCAAAAAGUACAAAACUACAGGACUGGGGAGACCUCUGGUCCACAGUCGCGCGCUUCGGUGCAUAGCUUAAGUUAACUUAGGUAGGACGCGUAAUUUAUGGCUCGGCGGGGUCAACAGAAAAAGGGUUUUUGUACUUCUUUCCCUUAGAUUAAUGAUAAUUUUGUUAUGCAUGUUAGUUAUAAGAAAAUCCCAUACUGUAUUAAUUAGUAUAAGGCGCCUUCAGCGCACCAAUAAUUGUUUGCACUACAGGUUAAGCACGACUGUGCAUGAACCUGUAAAUUAUAAUUUGUAAAUUAGGUUAAGAUUUCUGUGUUUGUAGGAUUUCUGAUCCUUUGUAAUUGUUGUAAUUUAAAUAAACUAUGUUGAAUUGAAUUGAAAUUGUUUGCUUUCACUCCAAGGGGUCUCGGGUUCGAACCCCCGCGGAUCCAACUUUUUUUUUUAAUUUCGUAAUAUUGCGCAAUUUGAUGUAUUAUUGUAGCUGAUUAGAAAUUAUAAUGGACAAGACAUAAAUAGCUCAGAUAGUAAAGAGUUAGACAGAUAAUUACAAGGUUUUGAGUUCGAUUCCUAUCGCCGCUUUUUUUAUUGAGAAUGCAGUUGUUCUUAACUCUGAACUGGUGAGAUCUCGAGUGGCCAUAGAGAUUGAGGACCCACGAAGAUUGACGAGCAACUGAGUGCUGCCAAAUAUUCUCAAAAUAUUUCUCGGUUUUGGGACUCUUCCAUCUAUUCAUGACUUACAGUAAUAUCGAACAACAAUGACCUGUCUGUCCUGUUGAUUCGCCAAAGGCUCAUGAGUCGAAGACGAAUUCAGGAUUGAUGGUCGUGCCGAUGAAAGAGGAGAUGCUGUAAAAAAAAAUUGGAAUGAAAACGGGGAAUGUUUUGCACUUAUUUUUAUUAAUUCUGUAAAUAUUCUGAAUCCAAGAAUUAUCAUGAAGGCAUAGUCGAAUAUUGGGGUGUUGAAUUUGAUAAUUAAGACACAAACCGAACAUGUUUACGAUAACAUUAAAGUUUUAAUAGCGAUCUCUAAAUGAAAAUCCAUAAUGGAGUGUUCAGAUAUUUUAGUAGACUUCGAACAAUUAGGUGUAUCUUUUUUAUGUGCGUAUAAUAGUUGAAUACAGUUGGGGUAUGCAAAAUUUAUUUGGUAAUCAUUUUUAACACCUUUGCCAUGCGCCAAUUGGCUUGGUCCAGAAAUGAAAAGCUAUUUUUGGAGUGUCUAAAAUCAAGGCAUUUUGUAAGUUUUUUACAUCUUUUUCGGAUGGUUACUUUUGGGAAAACAGUAAAUUUGUAGGAUUCUACCCUGUUUUUCGUGUGCCCAACUUUUAGUGGCCUGCACAUAUUUGGGAACUUUUGGGGUGGAUAAAAAUUCAUGAUUUUUGAGAGGUUUUAGGCCCUAUUCGGUUGUUUGCUUUUGGACAAACAGCUAAAUUUGUAAGAUUAAAUUUGUAAAAAUUAGCUGAACUUGGUGAACAAACGGAUUUUGGUAACAAGUAAAAUUGCAUUUGGAAAUUUAAAUAGAAUUUUAUUAUUAACACUAUAAACAAAUCAUUAGCAGAAUAAUAAAAUAAGUAUUAAUUUUUUUAACAUAAUAAAUUAUAAUUUUGUAUCACUAGAGACAGAUUUACUGAUUCCUUCAGUUCCAACUUGAUAUGUUAUAAGAACUUUCUUCUCCUUUCUCUCGAAUGUCAAACCAGCGUAAAUCUUUUUUGAAAUGUAUUUAUAGUCAGGUUCAUCAAAUAUAGUGUAAUAUUCCUUCUUAAAAAUUUGUUUUAAAGCUUCAUCUGCAGACUUGGAAUUCAUUUUGUAUUCAAAAAUGAUUCCAACGUCCUUACUGGUUAUCACCAUAUCUAAGGUAUUGGCUAUCCCUGGUCCUUUUCUUUUUUUCUUGAUCUGGACCUCACUGCGUAUUUCGAAGUAUCUGGAGUCAUAUACCAGAGUAUACAAGAUGUGAUGAAGUUCUUUUUCGUUCAUGAUCCCCUGUGAUUCAGAGAGUAAUACUAAUACGGCGUUUGCAAGAUCAACAAA